GUAUUCGGUAUCAGUAAUUCUGCGAUGCAAAGGUAAACAUGGCGUCACGGAAGGCCCGGAAGGUGCCAUCAGAACAGUUUUAAAAGCACUUUUGACGGAAUUAAAUUUAUCAAACACAGCAUCACCAGUUGGCCUUCAACGCAAGGGAUCCAAGCAUAAAUCAUUCGGCUAUAUUGUCGAGAAGAAACCAUUAUUUUUAGUAUUGAACCGUUUGAAGUUCACCGCAUCACGCCAGUGGAGCAGGCCCGCACGCAGUCAGAGUUCGACCCUUUUCUACAUUGAAUUGAAGACUAUCAUCACUAUCAGAAGUUUAGUUGGCCAUACGGUACGCUACGCCAACGUCUACGAUUGUCCAACUGCAGCCUUUGUGCUGGGUUGUCGUCAUUGACUUAGCCCGAUCGUGAUCUGUCUUGGACUUGGUCUUGGAGCUGGAACUGUUCUUCCGAUUUUAAUUCAAGCCGACUGACAGGAAGUGAACAGAACUGGAAUAUAAACAACAGCGAGAAAAUAACGCGAGCAGUCAUGUCCUCUGUGCACUACAAGUUUAAGAGUAGUAUUGACUACGACACGGUGACCUUUGAUGGCCUCCAUAUAUCACUCGCAGACCUGAAGAAAGCCAUCAUGGAACAGAAGAAAAUUGGCAGAGCAGAGUUUGACCUUCAAGUGACGAAUGCACAAACGGCAGAAGAAUACAAAGGAGAGGGAGAUCUCAUUCCAAAGAAUGCAUCAGUGCAAGUCCGCAGAGUUCCACUUGGUGGAGUUGGAGCAAACCUAGUUGCGGCCCCUGUCAAAAUGGAAGCGACUUCGUCUACAAAAGCAGUACGUAAUCAGACCUGGUGGUAUCUAUCCCAUUUCCAUUUUCUCUUAUAAGAAAUUGCAAGUAUUGAAUGUAAAACAUUCGGUCAGGUGAGGUGCACAAUGUGUUUUGUUUAGCAAAACGUCCACUCUUUUUCCUUUUUUUUCUUUGAAUUUUUAACCAGUUUUAUAUAUUCUUUAAUAUGUGAACUGGAUUAUUUUUUCUAUGCAACUACUGUGGAUUUGUGUAUAAUUAUUGCUGUCAUAUUUAGCAGUGUUGCACAAGAGAAGCUUGGGACUGCUUUGAGGGCAUUCCAAGGUCAUUAUUGAAUAGUAUACAUGUACAUGUAGUUUCCAUUCGUCGAUGUGACUGAUAUAAUUUCAAAGUAUUUGUAAAUCACAUCCUGCGUUGUUCCCCGAAACGUAUUAUGGAAAUAGUUUCAAUGACUUUGGCACUGGUCUUCAGCUCUUUUUUCAUUUUUUUUUUCAUAUGGGUCUUAGAUUUUAUUUAGAUUUUCCCUUUUUGGGGGUUGAAGGGAGUGGGGGGGGGGGGGGAGCCUCAGGAUGAAAAAUUUGCUCAGAGAAGCCUUCCUUAUAAGCGGCUUUUCAUCUUGCCGAAAAUUUUGCUGUUUUAAGCAAGCAAUUGUUUAUCCAUUUUUGGACAUAAUGUCACUGUUCUAAGUGAUUUUUUUUUCAUUAAAAAUUGUUCAAGUCAUGAAUGAAUGAAUAUGUAUCACUGUUUUAAGUGAAAGCCACUGUUCAUAUAUUUGUAUGCAAAUAUUGAUGUCAUUUUCUUUGAUUGUUUUUAUAAUUACAGUCAAAUUUUAACUUGAGGUUUGCAUUACAACAUCAGUAUGUACUUUCUAUAGUGUAAAUCCUGUAUUAUGAGGUUGUAACACUCAAUUGUGCUGAAAAUCUCUUUCUCAAAUGAAUAGAAAUCAAUAAAAUAUAAACUUGUCUCGUGUUUUUAUUCUUGAUAUCACUUUGUGCUUGACCAUUAAUAAAUUGAAUGUUAUGUAAAAAUGUGUGUUAACUUUUGAUGCAGUGUGAAUGUAUUUGGAACAUAUAAACAGAAUUUUACGAUUUUCACUGGGAGAAAUAUGGACCAUCAGAUUUUUUGUCUGUCUUGCAGUUAGAUGAUAGCAAAUUAUUAGAAAAGAAUGGCAUCAACAAAAUAGAACUUCCGCUCCCACAAAAAUAUACAAAUAAGCAAAGAAGACUGCAGUAUAUCCAGUAUCUAAUCAGGUAUUUUAUUAUAACACUGCCCUUUUACACGGUAAAAAAAAAAUCGUAAUUUGAAACUUUGAAUGAUUCCAGUGAAAAAUAAGGCUUAUGACAAAUAUUUCGCACGUGUGAAACCAAACUAUAACAUGAUUAGAAUCACAAACGCUAAUCACAAUCUUAAAUUAAAACUGUACUUCGGAAGUGAAUUCCAGUUAGUUUCACUCAAAUUAUGGUACAAAUUUUGCGUGAGAAAGGCUUGACCUCCAAAACAUCUUCGGGGGCGGAGCUUACGUAACCUUUCAAACACUUCUGUAGAUAAUGUAAUUGUCAUGUACUCAUCGUAGUUUGUAUUUGCGAUGCCAAGCUUUGAUUGACAAGUCACCAAGGACACAUACUACCUUCGCUCAUGAUUUGAAUUCAACUCAGAGUUUUUGAGUGAGCAUGUGAAAGGUCCGAUGAUUCUAAAGACGAAUAGCAAUCAUUACAAUGAUGAUUCAAGAUUCACGUGUGAAAAGACCCACAGACUUACAUGUAUGAAGAACUUGAUUACAUUCGGUAAUCAUUCCGAGUGAAUUGUCAGUAACUGAACUGUUAUCCUUUUGUGGCAUACCAUAAAAGGUCAUAACGCAUAGUUGCUCACCAAUUCGUCUUUCUCAACAUUGCUUAUUAUUUAGUAAUGAAAUUAAUUCAGACAAAUAAAUCCUUUCAUCACGAUAUUUCCACGUUAUUGGGACAUUGUGCAGCUAAAAUUAUGUGCACAUUUAAUGA